CCCCCACCAAUGCCACUGCACUUGUCAACAAUAUGGUAUCGUAAUAGAAAGACCGCAGUGUCCGUCGUACUAGAUCGAACGUCCAGAUGUUGCUCGCAAACGCGACGCGUAUUUCGUCGAACGGCAGUUUCCUCGCGGCCAACAUUGCCGGGUGAAAGGUAGGCAGAUGUGAAUACUCGGGAGCACUUGACCACUACGUCGCGCGCUCGUUUCUAACCUGACGUACGAUGAGCUGUCAUUUAGCACUGUGCGGAGUCAGCGCGACAUAAUUCGCCUUCUCUGCGCAAAAAGAAUUACGUAAAUUUAUCGUCAAACGUGAAUUCUUUCUCCGGUAGAAAUGGCAGGUCCUGUGGAACAGCUGAGAAUUUAUUUCAUUACUUACAAUGUGGCCACCAAGUUUCCCGAUCCUGAUCAAGACCUUCACCAGCUUUUGGGCAUUGAAUCUUGCAGCGAGUCAAACCUAUGGCCAGAUUUAUACUUUAUUGGAUUUCAGGAAGUUAAAUCACAGCCACAAAAUAUAGUGUUGGAUUAUAUAUUACUUGAAGAUCCCUGGACCAGGGCCUUCAGAGAUGUACUAAAGAAGUAUGAUUAUGUAAAAAUACGUUCGCAACGAUUGCAGGGUCUUGUUUUAAAUGCUUUCUGUCUAAGAAAACAUUUAACACAAUUGAGAUUAAUAGAAAUUCAAUACACGAAGACAGGUUUUGGUGGCAUGUGGGGAAACAAGGGUGCAGUAAGCAUAAGAAUGAAUGCCUAUGGAGUCAGCAUUUGUGUUGUAAAUACACAUUUAACUCCCCAUGAUCAUUUGUUGGCCGAUAGAAUAUCAGAUUACAAUACUAUAAUAACAGAUCAUACUUUUACUGCUCCAGAUACAUCAAAAAUAUUAUACCAUGACUACAUAUUUUGGAUUGGCGAUUUAAAUUUUCGGCUCAAUGGAGAAGAAACUGCUGCUGAAAUAGACUUACUUGUAAAGAAGGAACAACUUAAAGGGCUUCUUAAAAAAGAUCAAUUGAAGAUGGUAAUGGAAGACCGUCAAGCUUUUGCAGAGUUAAAUGAAAGCAUCAUCACAUUUCCGCCUACUUAUAAAUAUGAAUUCGAAUCCCAGGAAUUUGAUCUCAAACGCAGACCAUCUUGGACUGAUAGAAUUUUAUACAAAGUAAAUGCAAUAGAUAUAUACAACGAUGUAGAACUUAACGCAAAGCAGCAUACUUACAAGAGCCAUCCUAACUACAGUGUCUCUGAUCACAAACCUGUAACUGGAGAAUUCGAAAUCACGGUCAGACCUAAUGUAAAAGAGUACAUUGUGGAAUUCCAAGAAUGUACAAUGGAAGAAAAUUUUAUAUCAUACAAACUACAGAGAGAUUUUACACCAAGCAAUGGGGACUGGAUAGGUAUCUUCCCUAACGAAUUCUCCAGUUUAGAUGAUUACAUCAUUUACGAAUAUGUUAGCCGCGGUAAACCGACGUCAACUCCUAGUGAGUCUCACGCGAACACGGAACGAAUAUUCUUCAAUGACACAGCACUUCGUUCGUCGGAAAUGUAUUGUCUGGUUUAUGUAGCACAACGAGGAGAAUUUAUCGAAGUUUUGGGUGUUAGUUCAGGAUUUUCAGGUCGUCGCAACUCGAUCGAGCCAUGCGCUUUAUCGUUCACGUAAAUAAUUUAUAGCGAGGAAUCGGUAUACUUGCAGAUUUAUACAUAUGUACGUGAACACCAAUCCUUUCGCCGAGAGAUCAAAUAGCUGUACAAUUUUUUACCGCAGAUAGAUGAAAAUAUUUUCUUAGCUUGACUUUUUAUUACAGUUCAUUAACUACCACAAUCUUUCCCAGAAAUUGUGAUAAUGUUUUAGAAUAGAGUCGGUUCACUAUUUUAUAAGUUGCGAGUAGGAAAUUUAAGUAUGUCAAGAAAUAUGGCCUUUAAUCACAGGGUGCUUGUAACACAAUAUAGUAAGUUGAAAUACAUUUAUAAAGCAUCGCGAAAGAAACACCGAUGCUUUGCACAUAGGAUGUCAAACGUUACUUUCGGUACCUGGUCUUCGCACUCUCAGGCUUAGAGUGCGACAUAAUAGUCGUACGCUUUAGAGUUUGCAGUGACUUCACUGCCACGAGUUUUUCUGCACGCAGAUCUUUCUCGGUUCAUUAACGCGUGCUAAAAUUAAAGAAAAUAAAGAUUAUGUUAUACAAUUUUUUUCUUGUCACCCGAGCGUUAAUGGGUUAACUAGUGCGUACGAGCAUGUUCAUGUGGCAUAUCAUUGUUCCCUUAGGUAGUAAUUUUCAGUGAAAAUUUGAAUUAUGGCGGCUCGUACUGCUCAUCGUGUAGUAAACCUAUGUUAUUUUAUUUUUUAUAGCGCCGCACUGGUGCAAUUUUAAAUAUAUAUAUUAUAUAUAUUCUAUGGUUUUCAAAAGGGAUGCAAAUAAAGGAUAUUAGUAUUUUCUA